AUGCCUGAAAAACUAAGUGAGGAUGAAUCAAUUAGUCUAGUAAGUACUAAAUAUGGUCAGCCGUCUAAAGACAGUCGAAUACGCCAUUCUGUCAGUGUGUCACCACCGCCGUACGAUCGUUCACAACGACACAGCAGCAGUUAUGGCAAAUCUCAUGAGCCAGUCAGCGAAAGGCGACUGCUGCGAGCAAGACGUUUCGGAAUCGAGCCGCAUCUCGAGGAACUCUCGGUUUGUUAA